AUGGCUCCUGUUGGUCCUCGAUCCGGUGAUGCAAUCUUCUCUAGCAUCGAUCGUGUGAACGCAGAGUUGUUCACGUUGACCUACGGUGCAAUCGUGCGUCAAUUGCUUACUGACUUGGAAGAAGUCGAAGAAGUCAACAAACAGCUUGAUCAAAUGGGAUACAACAUUGGAAUCAGACUUAUCGAUGAGUUCCUAGCCAAAUCUGGUGUUUCGAGAUGCGUUGAUUUCAAGGAAACUGCUGAAAUGAUUGCAAAGGUGGGUUUCAAGAUGUUCUUGGGGGUCACUGCAUCAGUGUCAAGCUGGGACGCGGAUGGGACUUGCUGCAGUAUAAUCUUGGAAGACAACCCGCUCGUUGAUUUCGUGGAGCUUCCCGAUACUUGCCAAGGUCUUUACUACUGCAAUGUCUUGAGUGGAGUCAUUAGAGGAGCUUUGGAAAUGGUCUCAAUGAAGACGGAAGUUACGUGGACGCGUGAUGUGCUUCGAGGGGAUGAUGCUUAUGAGUUGCAGGUGAAGCUAUUGAAGCAAGUCGCUGAAGAGUAUCCUUACAAGGAUGAUGAAUAA